GCUGGGGGACGCUGGAGGAAGUCGCUGCUCUGCUGUUCAGGCACAUAGGGCAGCUGGUGUGCAAUGGCUAUGCCAUAUACCAGGUCCUGCCAAGUCCAGCUCUCCAGAACAACAAAGAUCCUCUCGCAUCUGGAUGCAGCAUAGAAUCUCUGAGCCAGGAACGUUUGGCAUCUGCUAUUUUCGCCACAGCAAGUCUCAUGAACCACUCCUGCAAGCCAACGACCAUCAACAGUUAUGUUGGAAACCUUCUGGUGAUCCGAAACUUGGAGGAAGUUGCUCCAGGACAAAAAGUUUAUUCAUGUUAUGGCCCACAUUAUAGCCGGCACACUCGGGCAGAACGGCAGUCUCUGUUGCAGCAGCAGUACCACUUCACUCGUAACAGUAUUUUUUGCUCAUUAUUCACAUAUACUAACUGUGCAGGAGUGUCGAGUCUUGAGAAGAAAGACUGCGAUGUACGCUUAGUCGUCAAAAAACUGCAGCGCGCGCUGCGCUCUGCUGAACGCGUGUACGGUGUGGAAAAUCAGUUCCUUGGCUCCAUCCAAGACACGUAUGCCAUGGCCUUGUCUGCUCUUGGGUCUUUCGAGGCAUCAACCAACAUCUUGAAGAAAUCCGUUUUGAAAGUUGGGCGCCGAUACGGGCAAAGGAGCGUUGAGCUUGGGCAUGAAAUUAUCAAGUUAUGUGGCGUCAUUAAGCAGAGGAUGCAGCAUAUAGAAGACACCUCUAGCCUUCUCUAUAGACAGUUGAAGCGGGAACACUAUUAUAUGUCAGAUAUCGUUACUACAAUUUUCACAGUAAUCUACGGGGAGGACUGGCAGACAAUCUUGAACGUUCAAAUUUGAAGUUAUCAAAUAAAUAUUGCUCUACUUCACAUA